AUGUCCAGCAGAUCGCUUUGGCAGAGGCACAGGAAUAAGGUGCUGGUUUCUUCUGCUACGGUCGCCUUUAUCUUUAGUACAGGAGCUGUUUCGCUGUAUCUCAUCAAAAAGUGGCUCUGGAAACAACAGCUGAAAAUAAGCGAACAACAAUUUGUGAAGGAGCAAAUCAAGCGUCGUUUCGUGCAAACCCAGCAGGAUGCGCUUUAUACCAUGUACGAGCUUGUCCCCGUGCUAUCGCUUGUGCUGGUUAAAGACCUGGACGUGGACGAAAUCGUGGGGUCUCUGAAGGGCAAGAAACUCUCAAGAAAAGUUUCUCGAGGCUCCACGGACGCCGAACGCGAUGGAUUAUCAUCAGGCAUGAGCACAAGCGUCACGGAAGCACACUUGGCUAGCUCCAGUGGUACUCCAGCCGACGCCAGAACCAAAGCAGAACUGUGGAAUGAACUCAAGCUCAAGUCGUUGGUCAAGCUUUGCACCGUCAUUUACAGCGUCUCCUCGCUGCUGCUACUAACAAGACUGCAACUCAACAUCUUGGCAAGACGGGAAUACCUCGAAAGCGCAGUGAAAGUCGCCGUUGAGAAAGAAUCCUCUAAUAAAGGGUUUCUCACCUCCUGGCUGAACAGUUUCUGGCAAACAGCUUCAACAGAUACCCAAUCUGCCCCCAAAGAGCACUCAACGGGUCCAGAUCUUUCCGAAGAAGCGCAACAUGCUCGGAAAUCGAGCUACAUUAACGAACAGGCAUUUCUGUCAUUUUCAUGGUGGCUUCUCAACCGCGGGUGGCUACAAUUCAAGUCUCUGGCCGAGAAAUUGGUCGAACGUGAGUUUGCAGAAUUGAAUCCGCGAGAUGUGCUGUCUGUUCAGGAUUUCGGGGACAGGUUGACGCGUGUUUUGCAUUCCAUCAAUACAGAGCUUUUAGUACAAUUCGACGUCCAGACAGAAAAUGGAAUACAGCCACUGAAGCAAACUUUACUCCCGGACUCAAACCUCGAGCAAUUUGUGCUUCAGCAAACACUGGACUCAGAUGCAUUAAAAUUGUUAUAUGACGACAAUACUGUAUUGCGCCAGCUCUUGAACGAAACAAGCAAGUGCGUGCAAUCCACAGCAUCUUUGGUCGUCUUGGAGAGCCUUGUCAACGAAGCAUUCCAGUUUGCGAUGCUACACGUUGAAGAGAACGUGGCUAAAAAAAGUAAGCGCAAACCUUCCAAUAGCGAGGACACUACCUCAGUGACUGCUUCCACAGCUGGUGAUGACGAGAAGUACCAAAUGGCUUUGUUCGCCGUCAGUUGCAAAGGGUGCUGUGACGAAAUGCUCAAAAGUGGAGUGGUGUCGAUGAACAACGUUUUUUUGCAAAGGUUAGACUCCAUUCCAGAACUUGAUGACCUCAGUGCCAGUGUCUAUAGUAAUUUUGGAUUUUAA